AUCACCACAACCCAUCGGUGCUGCUUGUAGCUAUAGCCUGACUAACAGAAGAUGUCAUAUUCGUCUUACCUCUGACUUGUGUGGACUUAAAUUAUGCGUUUUAAGAUCGACCCGGGGCAAAUAUGCAAUGGAGGUCAAUAGUUGUUGGUUUGGUCGUAUUGAGACUUUCCUUCAGCUGUGUUAUUUGGCUAGCCUUUGGACUCGGUCCUAACGUUAGCUGGGGAUUCAACUUCCCACUCAGCUUCAGUCUACACAAAUUAGACUUGUUAUUCGGGGAUGAAAAAGGGACCGACCCGAGGCGUAACUCGUGGUCUCAACGAGUACAUGUCCACAGACAUGAAGAGGUGGCGACCACCUGUGCAAAGGUUGGAGAGGGGUCUCCCGAGAGAUCCUACCUGAGCUUCUUCGACAGCAACAGGGACGAGUACUCCCGCAGAUACAGCUCCUUCCCGGACACUCUGAAAGCAAAAAUGAAGGACAUGGCCAAAGAAAUGUUUUAUUUCGGGUAUGACAACUACAUGAAAUACGCUUUUCCCGAGGACGAGCUGAAUCCCAUUGACUGUGAAGGAAGGGGACCAGACGUGCUAAACCCCUCUAACAUCAACAUAAAUGACGUCUUAGGGAAUUACUCCCUUACUCUGAUUGACACCUUGGACACCCUGCUGGUGCUCGGAAAUGUGACCGAGUUCCAGAAAGCUGUCAAGCUGGUUAUAGAUACUGUAUCUUUUGACAAGGACUCAACCGUGCAAGUUUUUGAGGCAAACAUCAGGAUCCUGGGAAGCCUUAUCUCGUCUCACAUCUUGCUGACUGACCCCAAACAUCCGUUUGGAAAGGUCGACUAUGAGGGUUACGAUAAUGAGCUUCUUCACUUGGCUCAUGACCUGGCUGUCCGCCUGCUGCCGGCCUUUGAGAACACCCUCACAGGCAUCCCUUACCCCAGGGUGAACCUGAAGACUGGCGUUCCUCCUGAUAGCAUCAAUGAGACCUGCACUGCAGGAGCCGGCUCCCUGCUGGUGGAGUUUGGGAUUUUAAGUCGCUUGAUUGGAGACUCCACAUUUGAGUGGGUGGCCAGGCGAGCCGUCAGAGCGCUGUGGAGCCUGAGGAGCAACGAGACCGGUCUGCUAGGGAAUGUAGUAAAUAUCCAAACAGGUCAGUGGGUUGGCAAGCAGAGUGGUCUGGGAGCUGGUAUGGACUCCUUCUAUGAGUAUCUGCUCAAAUCAUACAUCCUUUUUGGUGAAAAAGAGGACCAUAGGAUGUUCCAAGAUUCUUACGAGAGCAUUCAGAACCACAUGAGGAGAGGGAGAGAGUCAUGUAAUGAAGGAGAGGGCGACCCGCCUCUUUAUGUCAACGUCAACAUGUUCAGUGGUGAGAUAAUGAACACCUGGAUCGACUCCCUUCAGGCCUUCUUUCCUGGGCUGCAGGUGCUGAAUGGGGAUGUUGAUAAUGCAAUCUGCCUGCACGCCUUCUACUAUGCCAUCUGGAAACGCUUUGGGGCUCUGCCGGAGAGAUACAACUGGCAGCUGCAGGCGCCCGAUGUGCUCUUCUAUCCUCUGAGACCGGAGCUGGUGGAGUCAACAUAUCUGCUGUACCAGGCGACCAAAAAUCCUUUUUAUUUGCAUGUUGGAAUGGAUAUUCUUCAGAGCCUUGAGAAAAAUGCCAAAGUCAAAUGUGGGUAUGCCACUCUCCACCAUGUUGUGGACAAAUCCAAAGAGGAUCGCAUGGAGAGCUUCUUCCUCAGUGAGACGUGCAAAUACCUUUACCUGCUGUUUGAUGAGGACAACCCACUUCACAAAUCCGAUAACAAGUACAUCUUCACCACAGAGGGUCACAUUGUGCCUAUAGAUAAGCGCUUCAGGGAGAAACAGUGGGAUGAUGAGUUUCCUUGUGAAGAGGCAGUGCUGGCCGAGCAAAAGCCAAACAACCGGAAACCACCACCGAGCAACAACAGCAAUUGCAACAGGAUCCCAGAGGAGCGACGGUACACUCUGCCGUUAAAGAGUGUGUACAUGAGGCAGAUUGAUCACAUGGUGGGACUUUUCUGAGUGAGAAGAUGCAUUCAGUGACUUUUACAUAAACAGGCCUUCAGUUCCCCCCCCCCAUCAGGCGCAGGUGAGGUUAAAGAGGAUCCACUGUUGGUCCAAAUCCUCGUCCCAUUUGUUCCACUGCUCAGGAUCCAGACAGGAAACUGACACUAAGGGAAACCUGAGAAAGCAGAUUGAUCACUUGCUGUAUUUCUUUAAAGUGUGUGUGAGUGUUUCCACUCUUUGGUGAAGGAGCAUGUGGUCGACAACUGUGAACAACUUUUGUGCUGGAAGAUGAGAAGUCAUGCUUAGUCACUUAUUGCCUGGUGACAAACCUCAAAAGUGGAUUUUAGAAUUACUGGUGUGUUUUUUUCGUCUUUUUAGGGAUUGGUUCAGGUAUGAGUGUGUAAAUGUGUGUGUGUGAUUGUAUGCAUAUUUGAAAUAACAGCUGAGCUGUGAGUCAUAAUGUGUUUUGGGUAAAAGUGCCAUCUAGCCACACGUAUGUAAAAUAUUAAGCCUAUAAAAACACUCACCUCCUAGAAUAUCUCUCUCAACAUGAUGAGUAGUGCCUCCUUGCCGAAUAUUCUCUAGACUAGAUGCGUGCUUUUAAAUAAGGGCUGCUCGUUCACAGUUAAUGACGGAGAGAGAGGCUCAGGAUGAAUCUCGCAGUUUUUAAAGUGCCUUCAGUUUUUCCAUGGUCUUCCUGAAUGCAGCAAAUGUUUUGGUGGAUACCAUUGUCAAGUAUUCUUUGAGGCCAUUGUUGAUAUUGCACAAUAGAUGUCAUUCCAUGUGUACAGUAUGUACAGUUUUACACAAAUUAUCAUGACAUUUAGCUAUUUCUUUCUUUUUUUUGAAAUACACAAACAAGCCAUACGGUGUCUUUUUUUUAAUGUCAGCCAUCUUUAGUUCACAGACUCUCCUGCAGAGAUUAUUGUAGAUGGGAUUAGUUUUUUUUCUUUCUGUUUCAUAAUUGCACAUCAUAAUGCCUAUUAAUUAUCAUGUGGUAAGAACUCAGGGUUUUUAACGGAAAAACUUAAAUCAAGGAUUGCUUUCUUAGAAAAAAAAAACUUUCUUAAAUUGUUGUUGCCUAAUGUCUUAGGAUAGUCUUUGGUAUUUAAUUUAUAUUGCAAAUCUUCCAACUUGGUUUUCUGAGGUCAACGAAUGAACACAACAAACUGAAGUACAGUUGUACUGUGAAUAUUCAUUAUUGUUCCACACAAAGAAAAGUGUGUAACGUUUGAUUCCUGAACAGCUCUACUCAUGUAUCCCUCCUGGACAUGUUGUGCCAAACAUGCAGAGUGUCUGCUCAGCAGAGCUGCAGGCGGCAUGGCUCGAUAACAUCAUAGCAUCUUUCUUCUGGCUUUGGGAGACAGCUGUUUAUAUUCUCAAGUGUUUGCUAAAGGAGUGAAUUAUUUUUAAUUAGCUGACAUCACCCCUUUGUUUCAGUAUAGCUUAAAAAAGAUUGUAACAUUUUGAGAGUUCACUUUCUUGCUGAGUGUUAGAGGAAAGUAUCGAUACUAACUGAUACCAUUGUUGUUCUACAAAUGAGUUGGAAGCAUCAAAAUUCACAUCUGUUUGUGGCUCAGAAAUAGCAGAUACAUAAGCAGGUCCUGCAGGAAUCUGGCAUGCUGAUGCUCUGUUCAGACGUAUGGUGUUAGUUUGGAUUAGCUCAAGACAUACAAAUUGAUAGAAAUUAAUCUGGUAGCCUACAAACAAUCUAGAUAUUGUAUGUAGUAACUAGAGAGCAUUAGAGAUGAUACUUUUUUUGAUAAGUGGACAGAGCCAGGCUAGCUUCUUCCCUCUGUUUUCAGUCUUUGUGCUAAGCUACAGCAGUAACCAGCUGUCGGCUGUAUUGUGAAAUUUGCCAAACAUAUUAUUGAAGUUCUCAGCAAACUUUCUCAACAAAAGCAAACUAAUGUUUUAUCCAAAAUGUCAAACUAUAAUAUUAUUAAAAGGUAGAAGCUCUUCCAUUCAGAAUAAUAGUGGUUUAAUAAUUGUUGAAAAUGAAACUGAAACAUUCUGUGAAACUAAUAAAAUACCGAUUAUGAACAAGA